AGUAUUGUUAUUGUGUGGUGUUUUGUAUUUUGAAAAACACGAGAGGUUAGGUAGUAGUUUAUUUUUGGGACUUUUGUAUUGAGAGUGUUUGGGAAAAUACUAUUUAUUUGUAGAUUGAAUCAUUUAGCAGAAAUGGCAAAUAUAAAUACCGAGAAACUUAAACUCAUGGAGGAUGAAAUGAACAGGUUCGAGGCGGAGAUCGCCCUGCCCGUGCUGCCGCCCCCCCCGCCCCCCGCCAGGCCGGUGAUCGGGGCCAACACGUACAGCCAGGUGCAGCGGCGGCUGGAGGAGCAGCAGACGGGGCCCGGGCCCGGGCCCGUGAUGCAGCACAUGCAGCUGGUGCCUCCCUUCCAGAGCAUCCCGCCGCCCCCGCCACCCCCGCCCAUGCUCAUCCCGCACCAGGUGCAGCGGGGCCAGCCGGUGCGCCAUCAGAUGCGACCCAUGCAGAUGGGGCCGCCUCCCGGUCCACCUGUGAUGAUGCCAGGCCCUCCGCACUCACACCCGAUGGGCUUCAUGGCACCCCACCCAAUGAACAUAGGCAUGAACAUGAACAUGAACAUGGGCAUGAACAGGCCUGGGCCACCGUUCAUGGGGCCGCCCAUGAGCAUGGACGGCAUGGGCCCGCCAGGCAUGAUGCCUCCCCAGCCGCAGAUGAUGCCAAUGCCGCCGCAAGGUCCUCCUCAGUCUCCGGUCGUCAGUGCCACACCACUCAUCUACAACCCCAAGAACCUGACGGGUCACAUCAUCAUGCCAACAGAGCCGCCUGUUGAGGCACGAGUGCCCGAGUUGGACAAAAAGAGCGCUGAAGUUGCCAGCAGUGUUCCAGCCAGCGGCGUUGGUAACAAGAAGCAGGUCAGCCGAGAAAAGCCCACGGAAUCGAACAGCCGAGCCCGCGAGCUCAUCGAGAAGACGAAGACGACCUCCACGGUGACGGUGGGGCCGGUGGCGGUGGACGAUGCCGCCAGCACCCCAGCCAGCGGCAAGAAGAAGGAGAAGAAGGGCAAGAAGAUAAUCCGCAUGGCCGGCGGCCAGACCUGGGAGGACAACUCCCUGCAGGAGUGGGAGGAAGAUGACUUCAGGAUAUUCUGCGGCGACCUGGGCAACGACGUGACGGACGAGAUCCUGGUACGGGCGUUCAGCAAGUACUCGUCCUUCAUGAAGGCGAAGGUGGUGCGGGACAAACGCACCAAUAAGACCAAAGGCUUUGGAUUCGUCAGCUUCAAGGACCCACAGGACUUCAUCAAGGCCAUGAAGGAGAUGAAUGGUGUAUAUACUUAUUGCUGUGUCCAAGUGAGUGCCAAGCAGGCCAAGAGGAUGUCACGUACAAUGAAAUUUUUUUGUGUGUGAAAUAAUGUGCAUUACUGUAUUUUAAUUUUAACUGUCACUUUGAAAUAAUUAAUUUUACUGUCAAAUAGAAAAUCUCAAACACAGUAAUGAAAAAAAUAAAACAAAACUGAAAAAUCAGGACCUUGAGCAGUGGAAACAGUCCAUGUUAAUAAAUUUAUUUAUUGCAGCAAUAUUUUGUAAAAAAAUUUUGUGCAAAGACAAUGUAGGUUUUGUAUGUUCAGUUACAUGUACAUCAUAUUCAAGUGGAAACAACCAAAGAUACAUAUACACCACCAACUAGAUGUACACACCUAGAUACAGAAAUAUAAAUUUACAUUCCUAACACAUGUUAGUAAACACAAACAUUCAUGCA